AUGUUCGGCCUUGCAAGUAGAAGGUCAGCGCUUGCUCGCUCAAAAUGCCUGGCUCCAUCAUUGCCGGCGCGAGCCAUGGUUGCAGCCCAGCCUCUCUGCGCCAACAUGCAGGAGUUUCAUUCCACCCCUGCGCAGUGUGAAUCCCGGCCAACUUGGAUGCCGAUGCGUGUUAAAACGCCUUGGAUCGAUGCUUUGACGCAAAGUCGGGAGGCAGCUAAGGCCGACUCAAAGGGGAAUGCGGCUAAGGCUAUUAAGCCAGACUUGACCCCGAAGAAGAUGUGUGAUAGUGCUUACACGGCUGUUUUGCCAUUGGCCCAAGACAAGUGGCUUCUGGAUUCCUAUCUCAACUCAUCGGGCCACAUUAGGCUCGGAUCUCUGUUGAUGGACCUUGAUGCCCUGGCUGGCAUUAUUGCCUAUCAACAUACUGGCGAUGGCGUGUCAACUGUCACAGCUGCCGUAGACCGAAUCACCAUUGAGCACCCUCUAAUGGAGAUCUGCGAUCUCGAGCUUAGUGGCCAAUGCACAUAUGCAACAGGUCGUUCCAGUAUGGAGAUUUCAUGUCAGGUCAGCAAGGUUCGUCCUGAUGGCCAGGCAGCUCAGCCAGAGGACGUUCUCAUCACUUGUGCAUUCACCAUGGUCUCCUUAGACCCGGCCACGAAGACCCCCGUACCCGUGGCUCCUCUUCUCGUCGAAACCGAAGAAGAAAAGCGUCUCUUCAAGAAAGGCGAAGCAAACUACCAAGCCAAGAAAGCUCUCCGCAAGCGCAGUCUCCUCGAGCGAGCCCCAGACGACGAAGAGAGUGAUCUAAUCCACUCAAUGUGGACAAAGGAAAUGUCAUACCUAAACCCCCAAACACCCCCAACCCGCCCAGAAAACCAAGUCUUCAUGAGCGACACAGUCCUCAAGUCCGCCAUGAUCAUGCAACCCCAAAACCGCAACCGGCACAACUUCAUGAUCUUCGGUGGUUUCCUCCUCAAACAAUCUUUCGAACUCGCCUUCUGCUGUGCAGCCUCAUUCUCCCAUGCCCGACCCAACUUCCUUGCUCUAGACCCAAGUACCUUUGAAAACCCAGUGCCAGUCGGCAGCGUGCUAUACCUGCGCGCUACGGUUGCGUAUACGGAGCCCGAAGAGCGUGAGGGUGAUAAAACCAAGUACACCAAGGUGCAGGUGCGCGUUGAUUCGAAGGUGAGGGAUGUCGAGCACGGCACUAAGAAGUCUACUGGCAUGUUCAAUUAUACUUUCCUUGUUGAGAAGGAUGUGCAUGUUAUGCCGAAGAGUUAUGGAGAGUUUAUGCUUUGGACCGAUGCGCGGAGGAGAGCUAGGAAUGCUGCUGCUAUUGAUCCUGCGCACAAGAUGAGUGCGCUGAGGAGCAUUCAGGAUAGUGUUACUGAGUAA